GGGCGGCUCGGCGGCGGCGGCCGCCGGAAGCGGCGGGAGGCAGCGUGGGGCCGGCGCUGAAGCGGGUUCGUGCCGCCGGAGCGGGCAGCGGCACAGCUCCAGCCCCUUCCUUCCUUCCUUCCUUCCUGCCUGCCUGCCAGCUCUCCCUUCUUCCUUUCCGUCCCCUUCGCUUCGCUGCAGCGGCGGUACCGAUGAGCGGGCUCCGAGCGCCCGGCCGGCGGCCGGCGGCCACCCCGGUGCCGACCUGCCUGCUUCUGCUGGGGCUGCUCCUGUCCGCUCCCGCCGCCGCCGCCGCCGGCGGGGGAUGCGAGCUGGAGGCUGCGGACGCUGGCGGUGGCCGGCGGGGAGGACGGGGAGGCGCCACCGCCUCUGCGGCGGAGACGGCGGCGGUUGUGACAGAUCCCUGCAGUUCACUCAGCCCACCGUGCUUUACUGAGGAGGAUCGAUUCAGCCUAGAAGCUCUCCGCAUGAUCCAUAAGCAAAUGGAUGAUGACAAAGAUGGUGGUAUUGAAGUAGAUGAAAGUGAUGAGUUUCUAAGGGAAGAUAUGCAAUACAAGGAUGCCUCUAAUAAACAUAGUCACCUGCACAGAGAAGACAAACAUAUCACCAUUGAAGAUCUGUGGAAACGCUGGAAAACAUCUGAAGUUCAUAACUGGACUCAAGAAGACACUCUUCAGUGGCUGUCAGAAUUUGUUGAACUGCCCCAAUAUGAAAAGAAUUUUAGAGACAGCAAUGUCAAUGGAACAACACUUCCCAGAAUAGCAGUUAAUGAACAUGCUUUCAUGAUAUCUCACUUGAAAAUAAUUGACCGGAGCCAUAGACAGAAGCUUCAGCUUAAAGCCUUGGAUGUUGUUUUAUUUGGACCUCUCACACGUCCCCCUCACAACUGGAUGAAGGAUUUUAUAUUAACAGUCUCUAUAGUUAUUGGUUUUGGAGGCUGCUGGUUUGCAUAUACACAGAACAGAACCUCAAGAGAACAUAUCACAAAAAUGAUGAAGGACUUGGAAAGUCUCCAAACAGCAGAGCAAAGUCUUCUUGACUUGCAGGAAAGGCUUGAGAAGGCACAAGAAGAGAAUAGAAAUGUUGCUGUGGAAAAGCAAAAUCUAGAGCGCAAAAUGAUGGAUGAGAUUAAUGACGCAAAACGGGAAGCUCAUCGCCUAAGGGAGUUGAGGGAGGGAGCUGAAUGUGAGCUCAGCAGGCUCAAAUAUGCAGAGGAAGAGCUAGUACAGGUUCGCAUGGCUUUAAAAAAGGCUGAGAAGGAGUUCGAGCUGAGAAGUAAUUGGUCUGUUCCUGAAGCUUUGCAGAAGUGGCUUCAGUUAACACAUGAAGUUGAAGUACAAUAUUACAAUAUCAAAAGACAGCAUGCAGAAAUGCAAUUAGCAAUUGCCAAAGAUGAGGCAGAAAAGAUAAAAAAGAAGAGAAGCACUGUAUUUGGAACAUUACAUGUUGCACACAGCUCCUCCCUAGAUGAAGUGGACCAUAAAAUCCUUGAAGCAAAGAAAGCACUCUCUGAGUUGACGACAUGUUUGCGAGAGCGUCUUUAUCGAUGGCAACAGAUUGAGAAGAUUUGCGGUUUUCAAAUAGCACACAAUUCUGGGCUACCAAGCUUGACCUCCUCUCUCUACUCUGAUCACAGCUGGGUAGUUAUGCCUCGAGUUUCCAUUCCUCCUUACCCAAUUGCAGGGGGAGUUGAUGACUUAGAUGAAGAUACUCCUCCAAUAGUUUCACAAUUUCAUGGGUCGAUUGUAAAACCUCCCAGCACACUGGCAAGAAGCAGUAGCUUGUGUCGAUCAAGACGCAAUGUUGUGCCAUCAUCUCCACAGUCUCAGCAUGCUUUGCACUCCCCUGACCCUGACAUCCUUUCUGUGUCGAGCUGCCCAGCUCUUUAUCGAACUGAAGAGGAGGAGGAAGCCAUUUACUUCUCUGCUGAUAAACAAUGGAUCAAAAGCAAUGUCAGCUACUGGGCGAAGAGAAGAUGGAUGGUAACACAAUUCUUACAGCAUGUUGAGCGUGUACCUACUCUUGUUACAUGGCCUCAUAGGAAAAGGUUAAAUUCCUUUUGGAAGGAGCAAAUGAGCUUGUUGAAAGGGAAGUACAAGAAACAGGUUCGGAAUGUGACUCCUUAAAUUCAUCCACUGGAAGGAAGCAGUCUCCUCCAGCAAGUCUUGAGAUGUACCAGACACUUUCUCCUCAGAAAGCAUCCCCAGAAGAAUUCUCACUGGAGGAAUCAUCUACAGGAGACUCCUCUUCUCUAACUGCAGAUAUUUCUAGGGGCUCUCCUGACUGUGUAGGCAUGGCAGAAACUAAGAGCAUGAUCUUUAGUCCUGCAAGCAAAGUUUAUAAUGGAAUCCUGGAGAAGUCCUGCAGCAUGAACCAGCUUUCCACUGGGAUCCUAGUCCCAAAGCCUCGGCACACCUCGUGUUCUUCAGCCAGCAGUGAUAGUAAACCCAGCCAUGAAGCUGCUUCUGUCCCUAGGAUAAGUAGUAUCCCACAGGACCUGUACCAAAAUGGUGAAAAAAACAAAAAGCCAUCGAAAAUAAAAAGCUUCUUUAAGAAGAAGUGUAAGUGAGGUGGGCAGGAGAAACCUAUAGUAAUGUUACAAGAACUCUAUUUUUUAAAUCUUUAGGAAUGUAAUUCCAUUUGAGCAUUCCAAACUGGAUGCCCUAAUGGAAUGCUCUGUAGGUCAACUAUAUUUAACUGACUGUACUGUCAAAGGUCGUGCCAGCUGUCAAUGAGAAAUCAUUAAAAAGUUCAGACAGUUUACAUUCAUUUCUGCCUAUUUAUUUCUUUUUUUUAGUUUGUCUUUUUUAGUGUUGUUUUUUUUUAUUUUGGUUUUUGUUUUUUUUUUUUUUUUUCAAUUUAUUCAUAAAUCAUUUUUAAGCCACUUUGGACUUCUAAGCUUUAAUGGACUAGUAAGCCUUCCUGGGCUUGCCAAAGUUUCUUGUUUACCGGAGCAUCUUCCUAUCUUUCCGUAGAGCUAGGACAUUUAUCUACUGGACUUUAAGAAAAAUAAAAGAAGUAGAACUAAUUGAAUUGCACUACUGUUUUACAGACUGGAAAAGUCUCUCUGCAAGUGAAACUGAAAGACUUGUAUUUGACUGAGAAGAUGAAUCUUUUCACUUUUAGAUCUUUUGGGGUUUUUAAGUAGAACUUAGGAUUUCUAAUUGACUUGAUUUCUGGAAAUGGAAAUGCCAUGCUUUUACUAUGGGAAGCUUUGUUAGAUGCAUUUAUUAUUAGAAUGGUUCAAGUCCUGCUGUAAAGAUCAUGUUUUUCCCAGGACUUUCACUGUGAUUUUACUUCACUGCAGGCUGUAUGACAAAAAAAAAAAAAAAAAAAAAAAAAAGGAAAAAACUAAUUGAACAAGAGAAAAGGCUCUUGAUUCCUUAUGCAAGUGAUGGAUAUGAAACUUGACUGAGGACUGAAAAUAUUCACCCUCUUAAAAUGAGGAGGGGGGAUAGUAGCUUUUGUUUACAGACUGACAGACAAUGGACAUUUGGUUUGUGAAAGUUUGUACUGUGGUAAAGAUAAUAAAUUGGAAACAUUAUUGUGCUUGGGAAUGUUCCAAUUUUAGCUGAUGCUUGUUUCAGACACGUUUCAGAGGUCCUGUUAAUUGAAAGCUGUUGUAGGCUACAUUGCUUAUGCUUACUGCUAUGUAUAAGUUAUUAUAUUUUUUUGGAUUAGCUAUUAAUGUCUUAAUGUCCUCUUUUUGUAAGAUUUCAUACACUUUAUUUUUGUAUAGUUUGAAGAUUUAGCUGUUCAGACAUGUCUGAAGUAAAUGGUAUAAUUUUAUAAUGCAUACUGUUAUACUAACUCAUAAUUUUAGAUAUAAAGGUAGAUAUAAAGGUGAGACUCGACAUGCUUCAGAUAAAAGCAAUUUUUAUGUUAAGCUUUUGCUUUUGUAGGGAGAGAUGAAAUUACUACGAGGUAACAAGGAAGCCUUCUUAGGGCAACAGUAGCUAGUUGUUCAAAAACAUCUUUUUAUUUUUUUUAAACAGUUGAAGACAACUAACGUACUGCUUGAGCAACAGUGCCUUUUAUUCAGUUUGUUUGAAAAUAUUAAUACCGAGCAGGAAUUUCUUUUGAGGUACAUUCCAAAGAAAUACUUCUUGCUCUAGUGAACACAAGCAACUUACCCAGUGAUGACUAAAUAGUUUCAGCUCUUCCAUAGGGGUAUUCUAGUUGCCUCAGUAACAGGUGCCACUGCCAGGGACCUGUGAUUAGGGACUCACUUCUUGCCAAUAUGUACAUGCUGUACUGUAUGAAAGAAUUAAAUCACUGACUGCCUGAAUUUUUUUCUAGUAAGGAACCUUCAAAACCUGUAGCUAAUUGAAAUUAAGCGAUACAUGUAUUUUCUAUCAUUUUCUAUUUAGGUUCCACUGUACAUAACCGAUGUGUUAGUUCUGUCCUGAAGAAGUGGUGGUGAUGUUAACAGAAGCAUUUACUGUGGCUAGUGAAAUGGUUAGAAGAGGAAGGUUAGAAAAUGGGAUGGAGACCUUACAUGUGCAAGUACCUUAAAACUCCUGGUACAUUGAUUAAUUCCUUAAGAGAACAGGAAUCCGGAGUUUUGCUGUCUAACAAAGAAUGAGUGUAUGUCAUCUAUACAGAAAAGCAUAGGAGGAAUCCACUGUUUGGUAAAGUUUGGAGAAGAGAAAAAUUGGUGGAAUAGAAAAUAAUGAGAACGUGAUAUUCCAUUAUUCUCUGAAUCAUCAGACUGAACAGCUAUAGCUGCAAAAAAAGUCAUCACAAGGUAAUGGUCUCUUUGAACAAAGAUUGUAUGCUCUGUACAUGGUAGACAAAAAAAGCAGUGAUGCAGAAAGACUUGUGCCAGAGAACCACCUCAAUGCUGAGCCUUCAGAGUUGUAGUUAAAAGCCUGAUGAAGUACUUGAACAUGUACAAAGGGAAAAAAUACAUAAAAGUAAGGAACUUAUUUUGCCUCCCAGACAGCAUGGAGAAGACUACUACCAGAAAAUGUUCAAUUUUGAUGUCUGCACUUGAGAAGACAAUAGCAAUAAUUGAGUUUAAAGUAAGAUCUGGGGCUGGAUAGUAGAUCUUGCAGUGUGAGGUUUGAGGAACUCUGCUCUAUCGUUACCAAAGAUGAUGAAGCAGCAUUUUGAUACUGGAGAGUAAAUAUUUACACAUGGAAAAAAAUAUCUGGUACUGAGGAGUGGGAGGACAGCACUUCUUAAUCCUGGCAUCAAAGUCAGGCAAGCUCAAAUACUGAGAAGCCAAAACAGACUAAGUCAGUUUUCUGUAGUAAGUAUAACUAAAAAUUGAAAUAGAGGUGAUGUUGGACUCUUCAUUGGCUGUGAGUUUAAGUGUUAAGUAUCUUUUUAAAAUACAAAAUUUAACUGUUCUGGAAAAAUGUUAUGGCGUUGUACAAACAAAUCAGAUUAUCGUAGUGAUAGAUUUUGGCUUCAAAAUGGCAAAUCUUUGGAGCACAGACUGCUCUUAACACUAAGUUUAUCACCAGCUGUCCUGUAACCUUAUAGCUGCUACUUACUAAGUAUUAUAGAACUAAAAGCUGAAGUUAACAUGAUCAGAAGUGGUGAGUAUUGUAUGUUGGAGCACAAGCUGUACUUUUAAGUUCAUGGAGUUGGUUUGGUUUUUUGUGGUUUUUUUUGUUUGUUUUGUUUUGUUAUUUUAAUAGACCCCUUGCACAUCUUGCCACCUGAAUUUGUACACAAUCUAAGUGACUUGCAUUGCUCCUACUAUGGCUACUGUAGAAAUGCUCAUCUUCAAACUGUUAGCAUCCUUUUGCUAAGUUGUGUUGAGAGCGCUGACUCUAAGGUAGACCCUCACUGGCAAACAUCAAGUCCAGUCUUAAUGUUGCAGUACCUGGCAUAUGUCAACAUCUCAGAAAUGAGACGAUGUGCUUUAAAAGGUCCUCCGUUUUUCUCCGUUUGCUUAAUGGUGUAACUUGAACUGGCUGGCAGUCAGUGAGUCCAGCCAGCAUUCCAACCACUAGGCUUUCUGUAAGAAAUGUCAGUCAUUCAAGACAAUCAUGUAGUGUCAUCAUCCUUAAAUGGCUGAGGACUUCCUAAGCUCUGAACUCAGAAUGGUUGUGAUCAGAGGGUUGGGGUUUGGGGUUUUUUUUGAGCUUUUAUAGCUAAAAUCCAUGUUCUAUUUUAAAUUCUCCAGUAUUUCUCAGAAGAUAUGAGGAUCUUUGCUUGCUUUAAUAUUUUGUUAGAGUCCUUUGUCAGGAAAGCAGUCCCUUUGUGGAAGCUGCCUAAAAGGCUUCUCCCUAAGAGGUUACCAUUUAAGUCUUUCACCUGUAAAAGGAACAAGUGUCAAGUGUGUGGUUCUAUAUAUAAAUAAUAAGAAAAAAAACCCCAAUUCUUCCAAAACUGAACAAACCCAAACUUUUCCACAAUUCUUACUAAAACUAUGUGACACUUCUUUCUUAAUAGCAUAACAAUUUUAGGAAAGGCAUUUCUGGUUGCCAUGGGGAAUGCUUUUGACCAGCUUAUGCUGUCAACUUUGAGAUUAAAACAGUUGAUUCUUUUUCCCUGCUCAGUGAUGGAAUUUAAAAUUGCUUAUUGGCAGUUCUAGGCAUAUGUCAACUUUUCUUUCCCCACUUCACUGGUACCUAGGUAGCAGAUUACCCACCACUUUCUGAUGGGCAGUUUGCCGAAAGAGGGAAGAUUCUCCAUCAUAGUCAAGGUAAUAAUGUUAUAGUAAGAAUACAGUUCCUCAUUUGGAAGCCUUGAAGGUGGUAAAGCCAAGGAUACCUGGCUUCAGUUUUCUUAUGAUAUUUGUGGAUGCCAGCUUGAGUUAGGCAUUAACUUAUGACUGAUUGAAAGCCUAAAAAGAUAAAAUUAAUUAGAAAUUGAAGCUUUCAAGAGUUUGGCCUUUUGAUUCCCAAUAUAUGGGAAAACAGCAUGCACAGGAGAGAGAUGAGCUCUAAUUAGCAUUUCUCAUACUACCAGCUUUUAGAGCUUCAGGAUAGUUUAAUUCCAUUUCCAAGACACGUUGCUAGAGAGGGAUUACUACCUUAAUUUUAUAAUGCAUGCAAAGAAGCAUUUAGUUUUCAUUUACUUACAAGCAGGGGAGAAGAAUAUAAAUAAACUGAAUGCUUAACUUUGAAAAAUAUUUUUUUUUUUAAAGCCGGAUAGGGGAAUUACUGGUUCUUGGACCUCUUUACUAUUUGCUUAUAUCCUUGUACAAUAUGUUAAGUAGGGUGAACACAGUUUUCUAAUCUGUUUCAGUUGCACUGACUGAAGUGAUGCAUUACUAUCUCAUGUUUGAAACACUGCUUGCUCUGAAUUGCUGUAGGCAUUUUAAUCCUGGAUGUUGCAUCUUCAUCGAAUAGUGAUUAAGUCUACUAAGGCUGUUUGAUUCUUAAGUGCUGGUAAACUUUUCUACUAGUGACUUAAACAGAUGUUGGUAUAACCAAUAACCAAAAAAGGCUUUUGCCAGUAGAGUUUGACUGCCUGACAGCGUGUAAAUGUUUAGGUAACCAUUCUUUGAGGCUUCAGUAGCAGUUCAACAGUGUCAUACACGUUUUCAAUAGAUAGCUUUCCCUUCCAGCCCUGUAGAGAUGGAGCUGAUCUGAAACUCCACUUAGUCCUCUCUUGCCUAAACAAAAUGCACUGAUUCAUAUAAAUUGUAGCAAUAUUAUCCUUUAAACUGUUACUCCUGUUGCUCUUGCAUCUGACAUCACUUAAGCAAGAUGACAGUAUUUAUCAGUCCAUUUCAGUCUUUCAGAAAUAAAAUGGAUUUGUGUUACCUUUUUGUCCUCUACAACUUUGAAACUCAAUUUUACCAAAUUUCGUGUGUGUUCGGUGUAUUUAAUGUUUCACUGAAAUGAAAGUGGGAAGGUUGGUCUCUGCUUAGGUGUUAAGGAAAGCACAUUUGAGCAGGGUAAAAAGAAAUUCCUCUUGCUCAUUGCAGAGGGUGAAGAAGAGUUCAGAGGUAUUUCAUCUGCUCCGAAGUCAGAAGACUAAGGAAUGCUUACAGCUUACAUUGCUGGAGAUGAGAGGUACAUUCAAUCUCAAAAGUUUUUAGAUCAGUAACUCUUUAUCCAAGAAAAAAACCUUUCUUCUUUAGACGUACUCUGAAGGGCAUUACCUUCUUAUUCCUAUUCAGUUUUUGGCCCAGCAUUAAAUUUAGUAGUUACAGCACUAACUCUAUAUGCUUGCCAGACCUCAGAGCAGUUUCAUGUAGUGAUUUCAGUAGCAUGUCUUAAAGUCAGUUUUGGUUUGAUAUGUGCUAAAGAUAUCUGAAUUAAGACUUUCUCCUUUACAUUCCUUUUAUUUUAACUCAAGUCAGUUCUUUGUGGUCCCUCUACUGUUAAAAAAAUAAACAGGUACUGAUAGUUGAUUCAUGUUCAUGUUUAGAAUACAGUAUUUUUUUUCAGCUGAGAAUUACUAAUAGAUAAGUGGUAGAUAGUUGCUUUUUAAAGACUAGGUCAUGGUUGGAUAUUGUAAAAACACUGCUGCACCUCAGCUGAAGUAGGUACAUCAUUGACUGGUGCAAUUUGUGUAUGAGCGGUAAAGUUAUCCUUAAAUUCUCGUUUGUUUUUUAUUUGUAUUUUAACUUGAUGCUGCCCAAUUAUUUUCAGACUUGAAUUAAUUUAAAAUUAAGGUCAGUAUGUCCAGCCCUAUAAAAGUCAGGUUUCAGUUGUCAGCCUUCAGUCCAUUCUUACUGAAACAAAUUAAAAUCUUGAAUAUUUGUACUAGCUUAUUAGCUUGUUAGGUGGUAGAAUGGGUUCCUGGAAGUCUUCAGGUGGAAGGCAGAGAACUUCUGAAGUCAACCAUGUAACCUGUGUUCUUUAUCAUCUUUCAAAACCAUCUCCCAAUAAGAUGGAGUCUCCCCAGGCGAAUGUAGAUGUACUUACUGCUUGGAACUUUGUAGUUAGUUAUAUUUGGCUAUCUAAUUCUAAUAACUUGCAUGUGCGCUAUGCUUGCUUGCUUUUCAAUAGCUGACAAAAACUAUAGGAGAUCUUGGGGGUUUGUUUAAAAAAAUUGCUGUUUAAAAAAAAAAAAAAAAGACUGGCAAGAGAAAUCAGAGAAAUCUGUCAGGCUGUGAACUGAGUAGAACCAACAAAGAUCCCAGCUUUUUGUCUAAAAAUUGAUUAAAUAGUUCUUAAUGAAAUGAAUUGGGUAGCAUGUGUAUUUUCACAUUGCUCUUCUCCAAGCAACAAAAAUAAUUAAAAUACCCUACAUUUCAGCAAGGCUAUUUGGGAGAUGUCUUGCCCUGUUUUUAUUUUUAAUUUAAGUAACGCUGAAUUGUAGUGAGUGUUCAGCAUAUUAAUGCCUGACUUAAAAGAUUAGCAGAAAUUGAGUGACUUGCAUUGUUUUGUUUAAUUACAGCUUUAUAAAAAUGUAGAUACUUGCAUAAAGCCUGUCAUUGGAUCUAGGUAUGUUUCAAUGACAUAGCAAGAAGAGGACCAAGACAAGUAAAUAUGUGCACAAUUUAAAUCUUAUUUAAGAUGCUUUACUGUUCUGGGAAGAGAUGUUGUUCUCCAUGCAGAUUCUGCUCUUCCUCUAUUUGCUCUUAGCUCUGUUUCUUUUCAUUAGUUGAACUAAAAUAAGAAACAAAGCCCUCAGACUGACUAGUUUCUGUCUCUCUAAUAAAUACACACUGUACUUGGCUUUUAACCUCACCUACUGCAUGUUGUUAAUGCUGUACACAAAUGCAGUUGGAGUAUUUCUUUGAUGUUGUACAGCAUGAUGCAUUUCAUUCCCCUUUCUAGUUUAUCUCCCAUUAGCUAUAUAUUGUUUUACAACUGGAAAAAACUGAGUUUUUGGGAAUUGAGUCUGUUUGCAUAUAAAAAUCAUUAUUUUUUUUUCUGUGAGUCUUAUGAGAAAUGUCCUGCUUGGAGAGUCUCAGACAGUAUUUUCUUGUGUUUAUUCAUGUUACUUUAUUUUAUAAGUGGAUAUUGAUUUCUGAUGUGUUGUUACACUUAAUGUUGAAUAAAUCUGACUUUCAUUUUGAAAAGUGAAA